UUCUUCCGGAAGACUUCUGCCGGAAGAUGCGGAUCUGCCGUGGCGGGCAGCAGCAGGCGCCUUUGUUCUCAGGGGCGAGUGGCCGCUGCUGUUGCUGCCGUUCGCUGCCGCCGACGACGACGACGCCGCCGACGACGCCGCCGCCGUUUGCCCGGGGGUCGCUCGGCGAUUAUCGGCGGCGGGGGAAAUUUGCACAGAGAGCCGAGGGAGCGAACGUCGAGCUGCGCGACUCGGCGGCGGUGGGGGGGGUGGCGGUGGUGGUGGUGUUGGGGAGGGUUACUCGACGGACGGACGGCUGGCGAGGGGGGGCGGCGGGCGCGUGUUUGGGCCGAGCCGACGUGCGCGUCGAGACCGCGGGGUGGUGGUGGUGGUGGGAGGGAGAGGAGGAGGAGGAGGACGCGGAGCGGCCACGGUGGCGACGGAGCCGGGUGAGUUGUGGAUAAAUCGGCACACUGACUGAUAGAAGCGCUCAGACUGCACGGCAAAAAGCAACAACAGAUACCAACAACGACAAGAACUGGGGCCAAGAGCAUUCACUUGGGCAUGCACGAGCUGACAAAUAAUAUUUACAGAAGGAAACAAAUUGGUGACGUUGAGCUCAUUGUCAUGCCAUCAAUGAUAUAAAUUAAAUGUACUUAUUCUACAAGCCGAUCAUAAGCAUUAGUAAUUGACAAUUACAUUUCAUAAUCUUAAAUAUCAAUUCCAGAGAUGUAUGGCAGUUGAAUAACACUACAGUAUUUUAACAUUAGUUUUGUAAUAAGGUGCUAAAUCUGCACGAACAAAGGCUGAAAACAAAAACCACCAUCACAAACAUCUCCAGCGCCAAGUGUUUUAAGCACUGAGUCGACACCUCACCUGCGACAAACUCUGCACAAAUGUGACUCGGAGGCAUAACAAUUCCAAAAACAUUUAAGCAUUUUAGCUCAACGUGAAGACAAACCCUCGUUUGCCCUAUCGAUUUCAAAACUCGAUCGAAAAAUCAUUGUACUUCUGGCUUUUUUUUGAUGCACCGUAGGGCCCGCCGACACGUGCGUUUUUGGCCCCGUCUCGGUAAAUAAUUGCGAGCCAUCGAGGAAAAAUAGCGGAGGCGGGGAGCGGGGGAGGUGCGCCGGUGAGCCGCCCUCGGUUGACUGUGUGCCUAUCGCGGCGCGCUAGCGGGCCCUCGGCACGCGCCGCCGGCGGGGGGGGGCAGCCCCCCUCAUCGCCACUGCAGCAACUGCAGCAGCAGCAGCCGCCUCCGGCCGCCGCCUCCUCCUCCUCCUCGUCGGCCUCGUCCGGCGGAAAGAGGGGCGGCUCGGCGACGUUCACGCACCGCCGGCAAGGCUCGUGGACCAUCAUGGCCUCCUCACGGUCGUCGAGUGACGGGCACGCCCCGCCCGCCACUGCCAACAACGCCACCGCCGUGCAUUGUGGGGGGGCCCCGGUGCACUGUGGGGGCGGUAGCGGGCGCAGAAGGCGGAGCUGCACGGUGGACGGCGGUGGGGGGGGUGGCAGUGCUGGGGGCGGGGGGGUGGUGACCGGAGUGAGCGGUGGAGGAGGAGGAGGAGCUGACAGUGACUGCGUGGACGAAGAUGAGAUGGAGAAGGAGAUGGCAGGCCUCCCUGAUGAGAGCCGGAAGUCGAAGCCUCGGAAGUCGGCGAAGAGGAAACCUCGAUUCCAGAGGAACGACAACGGAGACAUCGCCACGUACACAACGGAUGACGCCACCAUCUACCAGCCCGGGGACUGCGUGUACAUAGAGUCGCGACGGCCAGACAUCCCCUACUUCAUCUGCAGCAUCCAGGACUUCAAACUUAGCAAGAGGGACCACCUCAUGAUGAACGUCAAGUGGUACUACCGGCAGUCCGAGGUGCCGGACUCAGUCUACCAACUACUAGUCCAAGACCGGCACAACGAGAACGAUUCUGGCCGGGACCUAGUGAUUGUGGACCCCGUCAUCAGGAGCCGGGAACUCUUCAUAUCGGACUGCAUUGACACGUACCACGCGUCGGCCCUCCGGGGUAAGUGUGGCGUGUCGCACUUUUCGGACAUCUUUGCUGCAAAGGAUUUCAAAGCCAAGUCCGACACAUUCUUCUACAUCCUUGGAUACAACCCUGAGACGAGGAGGCUGAACAGCACCCAGGGAGAGAUCAGAGUUGGACCAAGCCACCAGGCGAAGCUGCCGGAGCUGCUGGUUCCCCUGGGUUCGCUGGUGCCGGACUCUGAAAGUGGCGGCGAUGGCACUGCGUUCGAGGAGCGCGUCUGGAUCCCCGGCAUCUCCGACUGCGACCUCAUCAUGUACCUGAGAGCGGCGCGGAGCAUGGCUGCCUAUGCGGGGAUGUGCGACGGGGGCCUCACGGAGGACGGAUGCCUCGCUGCCUCGAGGGAUGACACGACCAUCAACGCUCUGGACGUGCUGCAUGCAAGCGGCUAUGACCGGGGCAAGGCCUUGCAAACACUGCUGCUCAAGCCAUUCCCUCGCUCCGUGGACAAGCGCUGGAGUGACGAUGAGACUAAACGUUUUGUGCGUGGGCUCAGGCAGUUUGGGAAGAACUUUUUCCGCAUCCGCAAAGAGCUGCUGCCUCACAAAGAAACGGGCGAGCUCGUCACAUUCUACUAUUACUGGAAGAAGACGCCGGAGGCGUCGCACUCGCGCCCGCACCGCCGUCACCGCCGCCAGGCCGUGUUCCGCCGCAUCAAGACCCGCACCAUCCCCACGGCAACGCCCCCAGCGAGCCAAUCGCGGCCGCCCUCCAGCGAGUUCUUGGAUCUGAGCUCUGCGAGUGAGGACGACUUUGAUAGUGAAGACAGUGACCAGGAGCUGCGUGGUUACGCCUGCAGACAUUGCUUCACCACCACGUCGCGAGAUUGGCACCACGGCGGGCGCGACCGCCUGCUGUUGUGCUACGACUGCCGCUUGUACUUCAAGAAGUACGGGGAGAUGCCGCCCAUUCAGCACCAGGCACCACCGCCGCCGUUCAUGUUCAAACCCGUGCGGGACGACGACGCCACCGCCCCCAACAACCAGGGGUCCGGGGUGCCCGGCAGUGCAGGCGGAGGCGCUGCGACUCCUCCCGUUGGAAAACACAGCAUGCGAACUCGACGCAGCCGAACAUCUGCCCGUGCUCAGGCUGGGGAGCCAACAGCGGACGACUCCCGCGCGUGUGGCCGCACGUCGCCUGGGGCGACCAGCACGGACAGCACGGACCUCGACAAACACAGCAAGAAGGCCCCGGAGGCGGAGACGCCACCUCCGCAUGCCGGCAAGCGCUUGCGUGACAAGAGCCUCUCUGACGGCGAGGACGCCGAGAAGCCCAAGAAGCCCAAAACGCCCAGCACGUCUCCGCCGGGAUCUCCCUCGGAGGGCGACAGCUCGGACGCCCCCAGCCUUAACGACGACCUCAUCAACGACCUCAAGGACAUCGACCAGGAUAACCGCAGCACCUCACCCAGCCUGCCGAGCCCGCCCGAGCCCGAGUCCGACUCGGACUGCUCCACCCACAACGCCGAUGCCACUAUCGUGCCCACCGUCUCCUCCACCGUCACCCCGCCAGCCCCCGCCGCUGCGAAUGGCCCCAACCAGGGCGGCUGCCUCAUGGCCCCCAUCAGCGGCCUCAUGCCCGGCAGCCCGGCCGCAAACGGCGGACUCGGCUCCAACACCGCCAUGCCUCCCGGCGGCACCUCAACCUCCAUCAGCAGUAGCCUCCUGCCCGGCGGCGGCGGCGGCGGCGGCGGCGGAGGCGGCGGUAGUGGUAGCAGUGGUGGCGGCGGUGGCGGCGCCGGUCUGAACAUGCCGACCUUGAUGGGAGGUCUGGGAUCCAACCUGAGCCAGGUGGCCAUGAGCAGCGGUGGCGGCGGCACAACCGGGGGGGGGCCUCAGGUCGCGGUGGCGAACGUGGGGCCGUGCGGACCGCCGUCCGCGGCUGCUGCUGCUGCGGCGGCGGCGGCGGCGGUGGCGCAGAUGAACGUGGCCCCCAUGGGCAGCUGCGCGGUGGCGCAGGCAUUUCACUCGGUGGUGUCUGGCGGCGGCGUAAGCUCCAUGCAGCAAUCGGUGUCCGUCGUGGGCGGCGGUGGCGCGGGCGGCGCGGCGAGCAUGAGCGUGGUGUCGGCGUCGUCCUCGUCCUCCUCGUCGGGGUCAUCCCUCUCCUCGUCGCUGUCGCUGCAUACCCAGGCCAUCGGUGGCGUCUAUGGCGGUGGUGGCGUCGGCGGCGUCAGCGGUGUCGGCAGCGGCCUCAUGAUGUCCCAGACGUUUUCGUCGUCAAUGUCGUCGUCGUCCUCGUCGUCGUCGCUCCAUCUGCCGCACCUGAGCCAGCAGCACCACCAGCACCAGCACCACCACCACCACCAGCAUCAGCACCAGCACCACCAGUUGCACCACCUGCAGCAGCAACACCACCAGCGCGGCCCGCACCAGCACCACCACCAGCAGCAGCAGCAGCAUCACCACGCCUCUGCGCACUUUGGUGGGCAUCACCAUCACCACCAGCACCAGCAGCACCAUGUGGAGCAGGCCAGGGUCCACGCGCCAUCGCCGCCUCUGGCUGGAGUGAUGCCUGCUCAGCUCCUGCCACUGCCUCCUUCUUCGGCGGCGUCGGUCUUUGGCUCAUCCAAAGGAAAUCUGGCCACAAUGGGGCAAGGCUCGGCCUACGACAAGCCGGGUGGCGGCAUGUCGAUAUGUGCCGGUGGCGGCGGCGGCGGCAGCGGAGUGGGGGGGCCCCCAAAUUUGAUGGCGCCGCACCUGAGUGGCGGUGGAGGCGGUGGCGGCGGCGGUGGCGGUGGUGCGAUGCACAAGCACCCGAUGAGCGUGCACUCGCAGGGCCAGGCACCGCCCGUGCCUCCACCGCCACCGGGAGGGCACGGUGCCCCUAUGCAGGGCCUCCCGUCUUGCCUGCCGGCAAACAUGCAACAACAACAACAACAGCAGCAGAACCUGCCCUCGAACAUGGCUGCCAACUCGGGCGUUCCGAUUCCCCCGCCCACGACUCCCAUCCCACCUCUGCCACCAAAGCAGUCGAACUCAAGCGCUCAGUCGGGUGGAGCUUGCGGUGGAGGCGGCGGCGGCGGCGGCGGUGGCGGCGGUGCCCUCGCGGGCCACUUUGGGGGGCAGCUGCCCCCACCCAACCUGAACUUGCCGCCGCCGCCAGCCCUGAAGCCGCUGUCGGCUCUUGCGCAGGGAGGCGGCGGCGGCGUCGGCGGCGGGGGGCCGACGCAGGGCAUGGGCUCGGGUCAGGGUUUACCUCAGCUGCCGCCCCCACUGCAGAUGCAGGCACACCCGCCACCGGCGCUCACGCAGGGCGGUGCCGCCGGCCAGCAGGGCGGCCCUGCCACGCUGGGCGAGUCCCUCGCUUCGGCCUACCCGGGCCCACUCGGUGGCGGCAGCGGGGGAUCCAUGAUGGGGCCGGCGCACCCGCCCGCCCUCACCCAGUCCGGCCCGCACUCACUGGGCGACCCUCAGGCUUUGGCUUAUGGCGGGAAGCCGCAGGGCGGGAGCGGAGGUGGUUCCGGCAGUGGCGGCGGAGGAGCAGGUGGGAUCCCGCCGUUCCUGGCCGCUAAUCCCGGGCUGAUGUCGAAUGUGGGCGGGAUGGGCACCGUGUCAUCGGCCUCGAUGAUGGGGUCGGCGGGGGCGGCCGCACUGUCCCUCACGGCGUCGGUGGCGUCCGUCUCCUCGUCGUCGCUUAGCUGCGCCCCGGCGAGCCUGUCCGCAUCCUCUCUGCCGCCACCGUCCGCAACGGCUUCGUCCUCUUCCUCAUCGGCGCCGUCCGUCCUCCCUUCGGCCGUCCCGCCCGGAUUCGGCACAGUGAAGGAGGAGGGAGGGGGCUCGGUAUCGGCUACGGGGGCAGUUGGGGCGGCAGUUGCCAUGGCGGCGGAGGAGUCGCCGGGAUCCCCCGGAAGUCCCCCGCCUCCCGUGCGACGUACCCCCUCCCCAGAGCCCAUCGUUGUGGACACGCCGAGCCACGUCAGCGCCAGCGCACGUUUUACGAAGCACCUGGACCGCGGCUACAACUCGUGUGCGCGCACCGAUCUUUGCUUCGAGCCCCUUGCGGGCUCCAAGCUCGCCAAGAAGCGCGAGGACGGCGCGGAGCGUCUGCGGCGCGAGCGGGAGGAGAGGGAACGCGACGGACGCGAGAGGGAGGCGCGCGAGCGCGACCGCUCGUCCUUGGGCCCUGGUCUGGACGGCCCCCCAUCCGGCGGACCCCCCCCACCGGGCCCCCCGCCGGGUCCGCCAGGCCCCCCUCCACACCACCUACGCGGGACCCCCUACGACGCUCCGCAGUCGGCUGCGGCCGUGGCGGCCGUUCACCCGUACCUGGGCCCCGACACGCCGGCGCUGCGCACGCUCAGCGAGUAUGCGCGCCCACACGUGCUCUCCCCCACCUCGGGCAGCGCCCUCGUGCGCUCGGGGGUGGCGGGGGUGGCGGCCGCGGCCGCGGCGGCUGCGGCCGCGGCGGCAGCCGGGCAUGGUCCCCCGCACCACCACCAGGCAGCGCACCACCAUCCGCACCACCACCCGCACCACCACCCCCACCACCACCACCACCCAUUCUUCGCCAUCCCCAGCAGCGACGUGGCCACCAUCUUCUACCACCCGCACAAUAUGGCGGCGGCAGCACACAUGUACUCGCAGCAACAGCAGCAGCAGAUCAGCCAGCAGAUCAGCCAGCAGAUCAGCCAGCAGCAGGCGCAGCAGCAGGCCCAGCAGCAGGCGCAGCAGCAGGCGGCCUCCGUGCAGCAGCAGCAGCAGCAGUCGAGCGAGCGGGACCUGCGAGAGAUGCGUUUCAAGCCGGGCUACGAGAUGAAGCCACCGGAGAUGGACGGUGCGGGCGGCGGGGGCUCUGCGCCAGCGGGACCCAGCACGCAGGGCGGCGCAUCGAUGGCGAGCGCGCUGGCGCUACACUUCAACCCAGCGGGGUCGCUGGACCCUUUUGCGCUGCAGCGCGCCGGCGCACACGCCUCGCUCGGCGUGAACCCGCACCACUUCGCCGCGUUCCCCGCGGGGGAGCGCGGGCAUGGCCACGGCGGAGGCGGAGGGGGGGGCGGUGGCGCGGGCGGCGCCGGAGGAGGGGGCGGCGGCGGCGGUGGAGGAGGCGGCUCAGGAGCCGGGGGUGCUGCGGAACGGCUGGGCGUGGUGCCGGGCGGCGUGGCUCAGUCGCGACAGGAGAUGGCGUACGCCGAGAGGCUUCACGCAGAGCGGCUGGCCUCGCUCGCGGCCAAUGACCCGAUCGCAGCGGCGCGUCUGCAGAUGUACAACGUGACGCCGCACCACCACCAGCACUCGCACAUCCACUCGCACCUGCAUCUGCACCAGCCGGACUCGAUCCAUCCAGGCUCAGGCGUGCAUCCACUGAUGGAUCCCCUCGUCCCUCACGUUGGACGCUUCCCGUACCCCCCAGGGCCCCUCCCCUCGCCCCUCAUGGGGCCGCCACCUCCCACCGGACCCGAGCAUGAGCUCCUUCGGCAUCCGCUCUUCGCCCCCGGCUACCGGGACCUGCCCCCGCUGCCGCCACACAUGUCUGCGGCGCACCAGCUGCAGGCGGUGCACCAGAGCGCCGAGAUGCAGCGUCUGGCGCUGGAGCAGCAGCAGUGGCUGCAUGCGAGUGCCCACCACGCCCACCACGCCGCCGCCGCGCACCUCGCCAGCGCCCACGACGACUACUACAGCCGACUGAAGAAAGAGAACGAGAAGCCGCUGUGAGAGACCAACCUGCUCCUCUACCCGCCAGCCCCGCCAGCACACCCAUCCACCUGCUCGCCCAACUCACCACGCCGCUCGUUGCCCAGAGAGUGGCCCGUGUUCACCCAGCCCAGCCCGGUAUAGCCGACGUGGGGCGGCGGUGGGUGGCGGCUGUGGCCACGCACUGACUCGCCCCUCCCUACGCCGUCGCCUGGGGCCGUCGCCGUAAACAGCAACCGUGAUCGCUGCCCGGGUCGCGUGUAGCGUCCUCGCGCGCGUGUCUUUGUGCUGUACACGAGAGUCUUAACCCUUGUCCGCCUGUCAACCCCGGUCCUUCGCGUGCCGUCGGUCUCUCCGUCCGUUUGCCUGUCUGGGAAUUGAGAUUUACGCGGUGACUUGCUGAUGUUUUUUUGUUUUAGCUUUUUGUGUGUGGGGAGUUGGAGGGAGGAGAGUUGUCCGUCUGUUGCAGAGGUUCUCUAAGAAGACCGGUGCAGGUGGGAGGAGAGAGUGGAGGGGUGCGAGCACCAGAAAGGUGCAGAGAUUAAUGAGUCUGGAAAAUAAGUGUGGGGAGCGGGAGUAGAGUCAUAAUAGAGAGCAAAUGUACAAAUAAAUAGUGAAGGGGAAACACGUUAGUACGAGUGGCGCUGUUGUAGAGAGUCUGUCUCAAAACCUUGCCCUCUUCAAGUUCAAUCCCUGUCUCGACCCAUCAUCGUCACCAUCGUCGCCAUCAUCAUUGUUCCAGGGACAACAUCAUGAGCGCCAUGUGGUGGGAAUUCGACAUCGAGGUGUUCCUUGGAUGCACUGCCACCUGCCACAUGAACGUGGAAUUUUUUCCACUGACCUCCAACAGAAAAGUGUUAACCCAUUCAGGCUUGAGCAUAGAGACCACCGGAUGACUUCCAGGGGCAGCCCGCACUUUGCUCACAGUGCAUUAUAACAACAUGCGAUUAAUAGCCAGAGGCUGGCUCUUGUGAGUGCCCGCUCUCUCUGCGUCCAUUGUGAUCCUGAUUGGCGUUCGUGCUUGACCCUGUGUGCGCCUGGCUGUGUACGUGUGUAAAUACCAUAAACGUGUGUGUGUGUGUUUAAUGCUCGUGUAACUCUUGCGUGCGUUUGUGUGCUCCUGCACUCGGGUGCUUAUUUCUUCCACCGGCCAUUCCUCGUCUUGCUAUUUUCAGUCCUCUCAUCUCAACGAAUCGCAGCGCAUUAAACAAACCGGAAGACUUCGGGCCCUACGGGCGUUCAUCUCCUAGGUCCUGCAGAGAGCUUCGGGGUCUCCGGGCUUCAAUUGUAACCUAUGAAGGCUAAACUAAGGUACUUACAAUAGUAAAAGUAUAAACUACUGUAAGUAAGAAAUGAACAACAUUCAGGAUUUUUUUGUUUGUAUUUCAAAAGCGAAUAUAAUUUUACACAAUCUCUUUUUAUACAAUAUCUGUGCAUUUUCCAUCUUUGUCCGGAUACGAAGCCUUCUGAGCCAGAAUAUUGAUGGCUUCGCUGGAUCCAACGCGCGAGCUUGCCACGCAAUAUUGCGCGUGAUUAAAUAUGCCAGAAGGGAGGAAAAUUCCAAUUUUCUGCAGUGUUUGUCCUAGGCUCUUAUCGGCAGUGACUCUGAAAAGCAGGAUAAAUUGGAAUUUGUUUUUGUCAUCGAGAAUGGAAUUAUAUUUUCAACAGGAGCCAGUCGAAUCCGAGGGCUUCUUCUUGUCGUGAAGUCCACAUCCAACCAAGGCUUCAAUUAUGUGAUUGUUCCUUGUCUAAAUAUAGCGUGUUCCAUUGCUUGAAUCGAAAUUCUAAAGGAGUAUCAUGCAGGAGCCAACCUUCAGUUUGAGCUAGUGAGGUUGAGCCAGUUGAUGAAUUCAUUGUAGACUUUAUUGGAACUUUUGUAGACUCUUCACCAGGAAAAUAGUUAAUUGUCAUUCCAUUUAUCAAAUCGACAAUUUGUAGACAAUUUUGCCAUGGUUUGCAAGGCAUGUGGUAUCAUUGAAGUACAUUUUCAGGCCAUAAAAAAGACAAAAUCACAGAUAGCGGAGGUUCUCAAAUGCAAGUAAGUAAAUGCCACUCGCUUUGAAGUGUAGAAGCUGCUCGUUUGAAGUCGGGGAAUUAUGUAUUUGAAGAUUGCCGCAAAAACUCCGUCUUCGUAAAAUUCCAAGAUUGUUGGAAAAUUCAGAUAUUGACGUUAAUUUCGAGUUUUCGCGAAUUGUAUGUUCAUCAAACUGAAAGAGAACUACAGGCGGUCUCCGCGUUUACGACACAAUGCACCCCUGGAUACUCAGUCGUAAAUGAGAUCAUUUUUCGGACCCCAGGUUGCCAUAGACGCAAUGUUAUGGGGGUUACGUCUCUGAACACGGGCUAGAAACCGAUUUUUUUCGCAAAAAAGUCCAGAAAUAUGGGAUUUAGUUAAAUAUAUAUGAAGUUUUAACCAUUCUUAAUGCUAUAACAUGUGAGAAAGCAGUCCCUUAGUGCUAUAAAUUGAUAGGCCAAGAGUGCUAAGUGUACAGUGCAGUACUGAACAUUAAAUGUUUACUGAAAUUUACAUCAAUUUUUAUGAAUAUUUAAAAUAUUUUUUUUCUUACCUUCUUUGCUGUGCUUAGGUGACUUGACCUUUUGAAAGAAAAAAAACUCAGACUUUAUACUACGUUGCACAGUAGAAAUAUCACCCUUCAAAUGUGUUCGGUCAUGUCGAAAUAUUUGAUCGUAAAUGAAGUUUUGUGUCGUAAAUCGUUGAAAUGUUCGCCUUAUACUGUAUACACAUUGUAAAUGUGUAUUGCAUUACAUCCGGUUUUGUAAAUGGGUUGUAAUGUUUCCAAAAUUUUCAAUCAACUAUUUCCCUGACAUUUAAAACGACAGAAAAUCAAUACUUAAUUGAAUAAUAUUGUUUCACAAUGUGUUACACGGUAAAAAAAA